CAAACCAAAAUCUUCCCUUUCCUUGCAAGAUGAAAGAAGGGAGCCAUGAUUGAGCCCCUGGAGAGUCCAGCCAAUGACUCAGAUUUCCUGGAUUACAUAGCUGUUUUGGGAAACUGUACUGAUGAUCAAAUCUUAUUCAAGAUGCAGUACCUUCCCAUAGUCUACAGCAUCAUCUUUCUCGUGGGCUUCCCGGGGAACACAGUUGCCAUUUCCAUCUACAUUUUUAAGAUGCGACCGUGGAAGAGCAGCACCAUCAUCAUGCUGAACUUGGCUUUGACAGACUUGCUGUAUCUCACCAGCCUCCCUUUCCUCAUCCAUUAUUAUGCAAGUGGUGAAAACUGGAUCUUUGGAGAGUUCAUGUGCAAGUUCAUCCGGUUUGGCUUCCAUUUCAACCUCUACAGCAGCAUCCUCUUCCUCACCUGCUUUAGCCUCUUCCGUUACGUUGUGAUCAUUCACCCGAUGAGCUGUUUUUCCAUUCAAAAAACUCGGUGGGCAGUGGUAGCUUGUGCUGGGGUGUGGGUCAUUUCUUUGGUAGCUGUCAUGCCCAUGACUUUCUUGAUCACAUCAACCACCCGGACCAAUAGGUCUGCCUGCCUUGACCUCACCAGUUCAGAUGACCUCACUACCAUCAAAUGGUACAAUCUCGUUUUGACAGCCACCACAUUCUGCCUGCCAUUGGUGAUAGUGACACUUUGCUACACGACAAUUAUCAGUACCCUGACUCAUGGGCCUCGGACCCACAGCUGCUUUAAGCAGAAGGCUCGGAGGCUGACCAUUCUGCUCCUCCUUGUGUUCUAUAUAUGUUUCUUACCCUUCCACAUCUUGAGGGUCAUUCGGAUCGAAUCUCGCCUGCUUUCAAUCAGCUGCUCCAUUGAGAGCCACAUCCAUGAAGCUUACAUUGUUUCUAGACCAUUAGCUGCCCUCAACACCUUUGGCAACCUGCUGUUAUAUGUUGUGGUCAGCAAUAACUUCCAGCAGGCAUUCUGCUCCAUAGUGAGAUGCAAAGCCAGUGGGGACCUUGAACAAGCAAGGAAAGACAGUUGCUCAAACAACCCUUGAGUCUCGCCAUUUUG